CGGAUCCAUUCCCGGGAGCGCGCAGGGGUGUGGAGUGACCCGGAGAGUCACGGCGGACCCCGCAAGUUGUCCCCGGAAAGUCGAAAGCGUACGCUUCGUCCAAGUUCUCUCUGUUGUUUAAAACUCCUCGAGUGUGGGAAAAUGGACUUGGAUUAGGGACCAGGAGCGGAAGCGGGAAGGGGAGGAGUGCGCACCCCUCUCGGCCUUUGGUGCUCACCGCGCCCCCUACUCUCCGGGUACUAGGGAGGGGACACGCGGGCUCGGUCGCGCCCAGACGGCCGCGAUGGCGCCGGCUGCCAGCGCCCGUGCCUGGGUCCCCGGCUCCCACCCGGUCACAGUGGUCCUCGUAUGGCUCUUUCUUAUCACUUGUUGUCCAGCCCCUGCCAGUGCCGUCCAGGUGACCGUGUCUGACCCCUACCAUGUAGUGAUCCUGUUCCAGCCUGUGACCCUGCCCUGUACCUACCAGAUGACCAACACACUCACAGCUCCCAUCGUGAUCUGGAAGUACAAGUCCUUCUGCCGUGACCGAAUUGCUGAUGCCUUCUCCCCUGCCAGUGUGGACAACCAGAUCAAUGCCCAGCUGGCAGCUGGCAACCCUGGCUACAACCCCUACGUGGAGUGCCAGGACAGUGUGCGCACUGUCAGGGUGGUGGCUACCAAGCAGGGCAAUGCUGUAACCCUGGGAGACUACUACCAAGGCAGGAGGAUCACUAUCACAGGAAAUGCUGACCUGACCUUCGAGCAGACAGCCUGGGGGGACAGCGGAGUGUAUUACUGCUCGGUGGUCUCAGCCCAGGACCUUGAUGGGAACAACGAAGCUUAUGCUGAGCUAAUCGUCCUGGGCAAGACCUCAAUGAAUGAGCACUUCCCUGAUUUGGGGGCGGGGCCCUUGGAAGACUGGCUCUUUGUGGUCGUGGUCUGCCUGGCCGGCCUCCUUGUCUUCCUCUUCCUGGCCAUCUGCUGGUGCCAGUGCUGCCCCCAUACCUGCUGCUGCUAUGUCAGGUGCCCCUGCUGCCCGGAAAAGUGCUGCUGUCCUGAGGCCCUUUACGCAGCGGGCAAAGCAGCCACCGCAGGAGUUCCCAGCAUCUAUGCGCCCAGCAUCUAUACCCACCUCUCUCCUGCCAAGACUCCGCCCCCACCACCAGCCAUGAUUCCCAUGGGCCCUACCUACAAUGGCUACCCUGGAGACUUCGACAGGAAUAGCUCAGUGGGUGGCCACAGCUCCCAGGUACCCCUGCUUCGUGAUGUGGAUGGCAGUGUGGCCUCAGAAGUCCGAAGUGGCUACAGGAUCCAGGCUAGCCAGCAGGACGACUCCAUGAGAGUCCUAUACUACAUGGAGAAGGAGCUGGCUAACUUUGAUCCCUCCCGACCUGGCCCUGGCCCUCCCAAUGGCCGUGUGGAACGAGCCAUGAGUGAAGUCACCUCCCUCCACGAAGACGACUGGCGAUCUCGGCCUUCCAGGGGUCCUGCCCUCACCCCCAUCCGGGAUGAGGAGUGGGAUCGCCACUCCCCCCGGAGUCCUAGGAGGUGGGAGCAGGAGCCUCCCCAAGAGCGGCCAAGGGGUGGCUGGGGGUACGGGCGACCCCGGGCCCGCUCCGUGGAUGCUCUAGAUGACAUCACCCGGCCUGGCUCUACAGAAUCAGGAAGGUCUUCUCCCCCAAGUAGUGGGAGGAGAGGACGGGCCUAUGCACCCCCCAGGAGCCGUAGCCGCGAUGACCUCUAUGACCCAGACGACCCUCGGGACAAGCCACACUCCCGAGAUCCCCACUAUGACGACUUCAGGUCUAGGAACCAAUCUGCGGAUCCUAGAUCCCAGUACCAGCGAUCCAGGGAUCCGCGGGAUGGUGGCUCCAGGUCCCGGGAUCCCCAGUAUGAUGGACGGCUAGUUGAAGAAGCCUUGAAGAAGAAGGGGUCAGGGGAGAGGAGGAGACCCAGGGAGGAAGAGGAAGAGGAGGCCUACUACCCCCCAGCUCCUCCGCCUUACUCAGAGACUGACUCGCAGGCUUCCCGGGAGCGGAGGAUGAAGAAGAAUUUGGCUCUGAGUCGGGAAAGUUUAGUCGUCUAACCCCACGUUUUGUAUGUAGCUUUUUUAUUUUUUUUUUAAGCUGGAAUACUGAUGAAGCUCCCCACCAAGCUUAAUAAAAUCUCUGAUCACAAGU